GAGCACUAUUACCAAGUUACCUACAAUAAUAAUAAAGCAAAACAAAACAAUGGAAAAGUUCACCUUUCUUCUGUUGUGCUUCUUAUUGCUGCAUGAUAUAGCCGUUUCCACUGCCAUAGAAAGCAUUAGUAUUACACGGUCCCUCACUGAUGGUGACACCAUGGUUUCAGCCGGUGGAACCUUUGCAGUUGGAUUCUUAAGUAUUCCAGAAAGUUCCAAGAACCGUUACCUUGGGAUAUGGUACAAUAAAGUGCCAUCUAACACAGUAGUAUGGAUUGCCAAUAGAAACACUCCACUUAAUGACUCGUCCGGGGUCUUGAAGUUCACUGGCAAUGGAACUCUUGCUCUUCAUACUCAUAACGAUACCAUCAUUUGGCAUUCCAACUCAUCAAGAUUCGCGCAGCGACCAGUUGUUGCAGUGCUUUUGGAGUCAGGGAACCUGGUUGUGAAGGAAGAUGGGAGCAAUGAUGAUGAUUUGAAGAGUUUCAUUUGGCAGAGUUUUGAUUACCCUUAUGACACGCUACUGCCAGGGAUGAAACUGGGAAGUGACUUAACUACAGGCCUUACCAGGUACCUAAUAUCGCAGAUUAGUUCUGAUGAUCCUUCUGAAGGUAGCUAUACUUAUCAGCUUAAUAUUGUUGGAUAUCCUCAAUUAUGUAUAAAAAAUGGCCAAUCCGUGACAUAUAGUAGUGGAUCUUGGAACGGUCUUCGGUUUGGUGGAAUUCCCCAGUUAAAACAUAAUACUUUUUACAACUUUUACUUUGUUUACAACAAGGAAGAGAUAUAUUACACAUAUGAGCUUGUCAAUAACGCUGUAUAUACAAGGUCCGUGCUAUCUGCAGACGGAUCAGUGAAUCGUUAUGUGUGGAGUGUUACGAAUAAGAGCUGGAGUCCCUAUCUAACAAUACCAACUGAUAUCUGUGAUUAUUAUGGUAAAUGUGGAGCAUAUGGUAUCUGUAAUGUAGCCAAUUCCCCUGUAUGUAGUUGCUUAUUGAACGGAUUCGAACCUAAAGUCCCUGAAGAAUGGAAUCAGGCAGAUUGGUCUAAUGGUUGUGUUAGAAUCAACAAAUUGAGUUGCCAGGAUGAUGGAUUUGUAAAGUUGUCUGGUUUAAAGUUACCAAACACACAAAGAGCAUCAUGGUUAAAUAAUAGCAUGAGUCUUGAUGAGUGUGCUAAUCUAUGCAUGAAGAAUUGUUCCUGCAAGGCUUAUGCUGCUUUUGAUAUCAGGGAAGAAGGAAGAGGGUGUUUAUUCUGGUAUGAUGAGCUGAUAGAUAUUAGAGUGCUGAGUGAUCCACAGCAAGAUCUUUAUGUCAGAAUGUCAAGGAAAGAUAUAGAUGAAAUUAAUAAGGCAUCACAUAAAUCCAAGAUCGGGAAGCUGCAGAUUAUUGCUUCCAUCACAGUCAUUUCUGUAGGAAUUUUGAUCCUAUGCCUAUCCUUCACCCUAUACAGAAGAAAGAAGCAGCAGAUAAACUAUAGAAACAUGAGAGACAGUCCAGAAAGAUAUGCACGUGUAAUACAAGAGCAUCAGGAGGAAGAACUAGAACUACCACUGUUUGAUAUGGCUACACUUAUUGCUGCAACCAAUAACUUCUCCACCAGUAACAUAUUAGGAAAAGGUGGUUUUGGAACUGUUUAUCAGGGUAUGCUGAAAGAUGGAAGAGAAAUAGCAGUUAAGAGGCUCUCAGUACAUUCUAGACAAGGUCUUCAAGAGUUCAAAAGUGAAGUGUUGAAUGUAGUCAAACUUCAGCAUAGGAAUUUGGUGAAGCUUCUAGGGUGUUGCAUUCAAGCAGAAGAAAGAAUGCUGGUCUAUGAAUAUAUGCCAAAUAAAAGCUUGGACUACUUCAUAUUUGAUAAAGAGAGAAGCAUGCAAUUAGUUUGGUCUCAGCGUUUCCUUAUUAUCAUUGGGAUUGCACGGGGCAUUCUCUAUCUCCAUCAAGAUUCAAGACAUCGAAUAGUUCAUAGAGAUCUCAAGGCUAGCAAUAUUCUGCUAGAUGAUGAAAUGAAUGCCAAAAUCUCUGAUUUUGGACUAGCUAGAAGCUUUAUUGGAAAUGAAAAUGAAGCAAACACAACAACAAUUGUCGGAACUUAUGGUUAUGUAUCACCAGAGUACCUAAUUGAUGGAAUUUUCUCAACAAAGUCUGAUGUUUAUAGCUUCGGUGUGCUUGUAUUAGAGAUAGUAAGUGGAAAAAGAAAUAGAGGGUUCAGCAACAGAAAUCAUCGCUUUAAUCUUCUGGGGCAUGUAUGGAAACUCUUUAUAGAAGGUAAUUGCUCUGAAAUAGUUGAUCCGUCCAUCAGAAAUUCGUCCGAUUUAUCCGGAGUCAUAAGAGCAAUUCAUGUGGGUCUACUUUGUGUUCAACAGAAUCCAGAAGACAGGCCAAGCAUGUUGCAUGUUCUUAUGAUGCUAAGUAGCGAAUGCACAUUGCUUCAACCAAAAAUGCCAGGGUUCUUCACUGAGAGAGAUCUUGUUGGUGACACUUCAUCAAGCAAGAGUGAACUAGUGUCAUUUAAUGAAAUCACAGUUAGUGUGGUGCAUCCACGGUAGAUGUUGUUUCUUAAAUAAUUGAUUAGCUAAAUUCACCACAUGACAGUAGCAUACAAUCCUUUUGAAAAUUUAACACUGAUGUUUAGCAGUUUAGGGGAUUUUGUUAAUUGA